AUGAGCACCCAGUUCAUCCGGAAAAGUGGCCGUCUGGGAGGCACGGAAGUCCACGAGCAACCGCCACUUACAAGUGACUUUGGGUUCACCAGGAGCGCCAGCUUCCUUCGCGAUUGGUUUUACAUCAAGACCUACUACAGUGACUAA